AUGGAGGCUGCCUCCAGCCCAGGAGCCCUGCAGAAGUUGCUGCAGUGCCUGCGCACUGAGACAGAGCCACGCAAGCUCUACCAAACCCUCAAGAAUCUCUCUUCCCUGCCCAAGCUCUGCGACACCCUGGCGGAGAUUAACUUCCAGCAGACCAUCAAGCUCCUGAGGAACCAGCAGCUCCUGGUCCCCUUUGCCAAGGACUUAGCUGCCUGCUUGUCAGAGAGGCCCCAUUUUGGGCCCCAGCCUGAGCCAGACCUGCAGAACUUUGCCUGUGAGUUGAACCUGAUGACACAACCACCCAGAAAUUGUCCACAAGACAAGCCACGUGAGUCAGCAUCAAAGGAACACAGACAAGAUGGAACAGAGGUCUUCAAAGUGAGCAGGAGCAGCAAACACUCAAGUCCGGGCCCCAGCCAGUGCCGGAGCCCGAGCCACACCCGGGCCCCAAGACCCUGCCUGAACCCCAGUCCGGGAUGGCGAUCCAGACCUAGACUAAGACAGAGACAAAGCCCAAGCACUAGCCCCAGCCCAAACGAGAGCCAGAGCCAGAGCCAGAGACUGAGACCAAGCCCCAGACUGAGAUCAACACCUAGACCAUGUCCAAGCCCAAGCACACAAACAAGCCCAGAACGAAGGGUGAAUCCCAACACAGGGCUGGAGCCAAGAGGAAGAAAGAGGCCAAGAGUGUCCUUAGGGGAACCACAGCUACCUGCACAGAACCAGGGGCAGGUUUCAAAGACCCCAGGAAGUACAGAGGAGCCCUGGCCCCUCCAAGCAGCAAAGCCGGUCACCAGCAAGUCAGAUGCUGGGGGAAAGACUCCAGGCCACUGCAUUCAGGAAGAGCACCAGGAUGGUUCUUUGGAGACUUGCCUCAACUCUGACAGCUCUCUUUCCUCUGCUCUGAGGCUGCAGCUGACUCGCUGCAAGAGUGGGGGGAAAAGCACCUGGAAAGCUGAGGCCCUUAGGCCUGGAACAAAGGUGCCCAGGGGUAAGUCAGAUAUUUGCCAAGAUCAAAAUGGCCAUGGAGUCGAUGGGCAUCCCAUUGCAGAAGAUGCUUCCAGUCUCCAAGCAGGCGUCCCACUGAGUGGCCAGGAACAGUCUUCAAAUGACACUGAAGAAGAAGACCCGCCUUGGGCGCGCAGGACCCACUUCAAAACACCAGUCUAUUCGGGUCCUGCACCUGCCAGGCUCCUGCAGAAAUCCCAGAAAGGGUGCCUUCCUAAGCCCCUUGACUGCCCCUUGCCAACUGGAUGCCAAGGCACAGCUGAAGAAACUGAGCCCUGGCAGCAGGAGAAGUCCAGUCCCAAGACACACAUUGGCAAGCCAACUCACACCCAGACUGAGAGUGACACAAUCCUCCAGCUGCAGGAGUCCUCUGAGCUGAGGCUGCAAACCCUGAGAGCCCGCCUCCAAGGCAAGCAAGCCAUGAAGCCUCAAGGCCGCCAAACCAAGAUGAUUGCCUUCCAGGCUCAAGCCACAAGUCCAGGCCAGCAGGCAGAGUCUAGACCGGGAGGGGCGGCCUCCCCCAAAAUGAGUAGACUCCAGGAGGCUCCUGCCCACGGCUUGCCACAGAGUGCAACCUGCCCACAGUCCAGGGUCAGUACCAAGCCUAAGAAACCUGCCCCACUCAUGGCCAAGGCCAUCAGGCUUUACAAGAAGAGGCUUGCUCAUAGGUGA